CAAAUGUUCUAUAAAUAAUGUAAACUGUAAACUAGAAUCUAGAUCUAGAAAAUCUAGUUAUUUGAACGUUUAAAAAAUGGUAUUUUAAAACGCUGCCGAGCUUUAAACAAAAUAGGAAAUAGUUAUGAUUUAAAAAUCACCAGUGAAAGAUAAUCCGCAUUCAUUAUGUCUGGGGAUAGUAAAGUCACGCUGACCAAUGCCCUGGAAAAUGUGGACCUGCUGGAUGAUCUGCCCCUGCCUGACCAGCAGCCCUGUAUAGAAGCUCUGUCCCUCUCUGUUCACUACAGAGCUAACUUUGAUACAAACUUUGAAGAUAAAAAUGCCUUUGUCAAGAGUGUGGCAAAAUAUAAAGAACAAGCAACUGUUCAGGCUGAUUUGAACCUUCUACUUGAAGAAGGAGAAGAAUAUGCUGUGAUGCUGUACACAUGGAGGUGUUGUUCCAGGGCAAUUCCACAGGUAAAGAGCAAUGAACAAGAGAACAGAACUGAGAUCUACCAAAAAACUGUGGAGGUCCUAGAGCCUCAUGUCAACAAACUCAUGCAGUUCAUGUUCUUUCAGGGGAGAGCAAUAGAACGUUUCUGCAAGGAAGUGAGGCGCCUAUGUCAUAAGGGUGCCAGAAAUGACUUUGUAUCUGAAGCGUACCUUCUAACUUUAGGCAAACUGCUCAACAUGUUUGCCGUCUUAAAUGAAUUAAUCAACAUGAAACCAAGCGUGAACAAUGAUUUUUCUGUUUACAAACGGGCUGCCCAGUUCCUGAAAGUGAUGGCAGACCAGCAAGCCAUGCAAGACUCACAGAACCUCUCCAUGAAUCUGGCAACACAGAACAAAAUUAGGGACACACUCAAGUCACGUUUAGCAGAGAUUCAGGGUUAUGAUGAGCUUCUGGCUGAUGUCGUCAACAUUUGUUUAACCAUGUAUGAAAAAGACAUGUACCUGGAACCAACAGAAAAACACAUGCUUGUUAAGGUAAUGGCAUUUGGGCUUUUUAUGAUGGACAUGGAAAAGGGCCCCAACAUCUACCGUAUGAACGACAAGAAGAGAAUUAACUUGGCCAAGAUUGACAAAAUCCUUAAGCAACUGGAGAUGGUGCCGUUGUAUGGAGACAUGAUGAUCGCACCUUACAACUAUAUCAAAAAUGGACCAAACUUUGACCCAUCCAAGUGGCCAGCCUGUGAGUCCAGUCACCUGAGUCCACAGUCCAACCUGCUGGGUAGCCUGGAGAUGAUCAGAGACAGACACAUGCACUACAUCAGUCAGCUUGCUCGACAUAACAACGAGGCGACCACAACAAUGAGAGAAACACCAAGAAGUGACGGUGAGAACAGAGAGUUGACAGACCUGGCUCUCAGGGGCUUGACGCUGUUGUCAAGGUGGACCCAGCAAGUUAUGGAACUGUACUCUUGGAAGCUGAUGAACCCAACAGAUCCUCAUGCUAAUAAGGACUGCCCUGAGUCAGCUGAGGAGUAUGAGAGGGCCACACGGUACAACUACAGCAGAGAUGAAAAGUUUGCUCUCAUUGAGGUCAUUGCCAUGAUCAAAGGUCUACAACUCUUGAUGGCCAGGAUGGAAACUAUUUUCAUGGAUGCUAUCAGGAGACAUAUUUAUGCUGAGCUGCAAGAAUUUGUGCAGCAUUUCUUGAGGGAACCACUCCGCAAAGCAACCAAGAAAAAAAGUGAAAUCAUUCGAGUUAUCAUCAUGUCGGUGCGAGACACCUGUGUUGACUGGUACAGAGGCUCAGAACCCCCUGAUGACCCAGCCCUCAGUGGGAAAAAAGAUCCUCCAGAUGGCUUUCCUAUCAAAGUUCCUCGAAGGAAUGUUGGACCAUCAUCUACUCAGCUGUACAUGGUGCGUACUAUGCUGGAGUCUCUAGUGGAUGAGAGGAGUGGUGGUAAAAAAAGUAUGCGAAAGGAAAUGGAUGAGCAGCAUGUGGCAUUCAUUGAAGAGUUCCACAGGAAGUCUUUCUUCUGGAACUAUCUGCUCAAUUUUAAUGCAUCUUUGUUCAACUGCUGUGACCUGUCCCAGCUUUGGUACAGAGAAUUUUUCCUCGAGUUAACUAUGGGAAAACGUAUCCAGUUCCCCAUUGAGAUGUCCAUGCCUUGGAUCCUAACAGAUCACAUCCUGGAGACCAAGGAGCCAUCAAUGAUGGAGUAUAUCUUAUAUCCAUUGGAUCUGUACAAUGACAGUGCACAAUAUGCCCUGAUGAGAUUUAGAAAACAGUUUCUCUAUGAUGAAGUGGAGGCAGAGGUUAAUCUUUGCUUUGACCAAUUUGUUUACAAGCUUAGUGAUCAAAUUUUUGCUUACUAUAAGCAUUUAGCAGGGAGUGUGAUGUUAGACAAGAGGUUCAGAGCUGAAUGUAUGAACAAUGGUGAGAAGAUCAACUACCCCAUAGCCAACAGAUACCAGACACUACUCAAGCAGAGACAUGUACAAUUACUAGGACGAUCCAUUGAUCUGAACAAACUUAUUAGCCAACUAGUCAAUGCAGCACUACAGAAAGCCUUAGAUGUUGCCAUUUCUCGCUUUGAAGGAGGGGAUAUCACAGGAAUUAUAGAGCUGGAAGGUUUGAUAGAGGUGAACAGGCUGGCUCACAAGUUGAUGGGGGAGUACCUGCUGCUCAAUGACUUUGAUGCCAUGCUGAAGGAGGCCAACCACAACGUCAGUGCCCCCUAUGGGCGCAUAACUCUACAUGUCUUCUGGGAACUGAAUAUUGAUCUGCUGCCAAACUACUGCUACAAUGCUGCAACUAAUAGGUUUGUCAAGACCAGACUACCCUUUGAAAAAGAGACAAAAAGAGAGAAACCCCCCAACCCCUCUGUCCAUUAUGUCUGGGGUACAAAGCGGCUGAACCAUUCUUUUAGCACCAUCUACAGUCUUUAUUCCGGGUUUAUAGGAGCACCACACUUUAGAGCUAUUUGUCGUCUUCUCGGCUAUCAAGGAAUAGCUGUUGUUAUUGAAGAGUUGUUGAAAACUGUGGAGAAUUUUUUGACUGGCACAACAAUAGAAUAUGUGGCAACUUUAAUGAAGGUCAUGCCAGAACACUGCAAGCUGCUGCGCUUUGAUUAUGGCUCACCAGGGGUGAUGGGAUACUAUCAAGCUCAGCUUGGUGAUCUGAUUCAAUACCCUGACCUCAGAACUGAAGUCUUCCAAAGCUUCAGAGAAAUUGGGAAUGCGGUGUUGUUUUGUUUGCUAGUUGAGCAGGCCCUGACCCAGGAGGAGGUGUACGACCUGAAGCAUGCAGCACCUUUCCAGAACAUGAUACCUAAGCCCUACAUCCCCCCCAAAGAAGGAAAAGACAGAGAGGCUGAGGCCAAAGCUGUGAUGAAACAGCUGGAGAAGAAAUAUGCAGCUCUCAAAGUGGUCCAUGUUAUAGAAAAACUGGGCAACAAAACACAAGCAAUGAUUGCUAGUGAUGGUGACCUAUUGACCAGAGAACGCCUCUGCUGUGGCCUCUCCAUCUUUGAGGUUGUGCUCAAGAGAAUCGAAUCAUUUCUUAUCAACCCUCUAUGGCAUGGAGAGGCCCCCUCUAAUGGAGUAAUGAAUGUUGACAAAUGUAACGAGUUUCACCGCCUCUGGUCGGCCAUACAGUUUGUCUACUGCAUUCCUAUUGGAGAAAAUGAAUUUACUGUUGAAGAACUGUUUGGUGAAGGCCUGAACUGGGCUGGUUGUGUGCUGAUCACUUUGUUGGGACAACAGCGCAGAUUUGAAGCUCUAGACUUUUGUUACCACCUGCUGAAAGUCAACAGAGUUGACAUGAAGGAUGAGAACAUCAAGGGAAUCCAACUUAAAAAAAUGGUAGACAGAAUCAGGAAAUUCCAGAUUCUCAACAACCAGAUUUUCUCUGUACUCAACAAAUACCUGCGCACAGGAGACAAUGACAGCAUGCCAACAGAACAUGUACGCUGCUUCCCUCCCCCUAUCCACACUUCUUUGGCCACUGCCAUAUGAGGGGGCUCAGGUCCAGACACAGGAAACCAUGGGUAAGGAAACCAUGGGUAUGGCUGGUUAUGUCAUACCAUGGGUGUGACUAACAUGUACAUCCAUCAGACUCUGACGGACACACGCAGCCAACAGGACACACUGAACAGGACACAUGCAGCCAACAGGACACACAGCCAACAGGACACACACAGCCAAAAAGGACACAGCCAACAGGACGCACACAACCAAAGCCAACAGGACACACAUAGCCAAGAGGACACAUGCAGCCAACAGAACAACCAGACUAGACUGAACAUACACCUGAGGAACUCCUAAUGUUUGUGAACACACAAGACCCAAUGAAAGUCUAUUCCUAAAAUUUUAAACUCAGUUUUAAAUCUGUACAGGAAUUUUGUGUCAAAUUGUGUUUGGUCAUUGUAGUCAUUUCAACAGAUAUGUACAUAUGCCAUGUUUCUCACAUGGAUUGUUUUGUUGCUCUCAGCCAAUCUGCAUUUUUGAAAACUAUUUUAAGUAACUUUAGUAUGAUCAUACAAAUGUAUCAGUAGCCAUGGUCUGGUGAAAUGAUUGAAACAAUUAGUUUAAAUAUAACUAAAGUAGUACAGACACUUCUUUUCUACUUGCUCAGCUAGAAACACCUUGUGUGUUGAUUAUAGUCAGAAGUGUGGUAUGUUGGAUUUUAAAAAAAACUGUUUCUUACAAUGCAUCCUGUCUUCCUUAGGUUUUUAUAAGCUUGAGUUUCCUUCCUUUGGUCAGUGCAACAUAGACACUGCCAGUCCAAUGAAGACUUUGCCAGAGCACCAAAUUGUUACAUAACUUGACCACUCUCAUCUCUAUUCUAUUUGAACCUUAACAUUGUGAAGCCAUUUGUGUAACAGGAGUAUACAUUACAUAUAACAGUUUCUUAUUAUUUUAAAAUCUUUCAUCACCAUUGAAUUACUGUACUUAAAUAUUUUAGACACAGCAUUUUUCUAGUUUAUUUUACAAUUCAUUUACUUUGUAAUGUACAAUAUAUUUAUAUCCUUGUCUAUAGUCUUUUAAAGAAAAUUAUUGGUUACAUUUCAC